UAUGCCAUGAUAGUGGCUGCCCUAUAAUUGGAAUAUUUCUUGUGGACAUAUUCUGGAUGGAGAAUCUUGUAUGUUCUGUGCAAGAGUAUGGGAAGCAUCAGCCUCAUCUUCCCACUCAGGAUCCUCAGUCUGAGAUCAGGAACUGAAAGGAUGGCCACCAGUGAGCUAGCUGUAGGAGGGAUCUUCUUGUCUCAGACUGUGAUUGGCCUUCUGGGGAAUUUUUUUGUUCUCUACCACUAUCUGUUUCUUUACCUCGUAGGAUACAGGUUAAGGUCUACAGACUGGAUUCUAAUGCACUUGACUGUAGCCAACAUCUUAACUCUACUGUGUAAAGGAGUACCACAAACAGUUGCAGCCUUUGGUACAAAAGACUUCCUCAAUGAUACUGGAUGCAAACUGGUUUUCUCCUUUCACAGAGUUGGCAGGAGUGUGGGUGUUGGCAGCACUGCCUUCCUCAGUGUCUUCCAGGCUAUCACCAUUGGGCUCAGGAACUCCAGAUGUUCAGACCUUAAAUUAAAAACACAAAAGUACAUUUGUUAUUCUGUGUACCUGAGCUGGCUCCUUUACUUUCUUAUAAGCAGUGUAAAUAUUAUUCACAUGAGGGCAAAAUACAGCAAUGAAAGCACCACAAACCUAAAAUCUUUUCUAUACUGCUAUUGGGACUGUCGUGAUAAAACCAGAGACAUGUUGUAUGCAGCAUUGCUGUCAACUCCAGACAUUAUUUUUCUAGGACUCAUGUUGUGGGCCAGCAGCUAUAUGGUUCUUAUCCUGUAUAGGCACAAACAGAAGAUGCAGCAAAUGCCCAGGAACAAGGUGACCUCAAAAUCUUCCCCUGAGUCCAGAGCCACCAAAACCAUCCUUCUUCUGGUUAGUACCUUUGUUUCUUUUUACACUCUCUCAUCCCUCUGUCAAUUCUUUGGUACUUUAUUGUACAAACCCAGCUGGUCUUUGGUGAAUGUGACUGCAUUGGCCUCUCUGUUCUUCCCUACUUUUUGUCCCUUUCUGCUUAUGAGUCAUGACUUUCGAGUGUCCAGCUUUUGCUUACCUUCAACAAGGAAUUGA